GUGCCACCGACAGCGCCGCUGCGUUGAUGUGGGCUGUGGGCGGCGCACGCUCCCAAUCAUUCUGCCCUGCACAGGCUCGCAUCCCCGAGUAAGUGCAGCCGCUCCGGAGCGAGACACCCACGAGAGAGGAGCGAGUGUCAGAGAGGGGAAGAAACACCAUCGGCAUGAACCAAGUAUAGCAUCCCCACGCACCUCGGGAGUACAGUUCCCCUACUGCAACUCAUCUUUUCUCAGACUGUAACAUAUAUUUCUGCACAAGUGCUUAAGAGGAAGACUAUGGAAGUGACGGUAACCAGAAGCUUUUUAUUGCUCGCUCAGCUCGUGGUCAUCUUUCAGAUAGCUGAUGUGGCUCACGGAUACUUCAGAACCCAGCGCAAAUUCACUGAGGACAUUGAGUGGUCCUACGCCGGAACUCUAAACCAAAAUAACUGGGCUAAGAAGUAUCCAUCAUGCAACAGUGCCAAACAAUCCCCCAUCAAUAUCGAGGAGGACUUAACCCAGGUCAAAGUUCAGUUUCAGCAGCUGAAGUUCGAGGGCUGGGAGCAGAUGACUCCAGAAACCACCACCAUCAAAAACGAUGGGAAAACGGUUGCGGUAGACCUGAACGGCGAGUUCUACCUGAGUGGAGGGGGGCUGAGGUCCAGGUUUAAGGUGGGCAGAAUCACCUUCCACUGGGGCAGAUGCAACGCCACGUCCGAUGGAUCAGAGCACAGCCUGAACGGUCUCAAAUUUCCACUGGAGAUGCAGAUUUUCUGCUAUGAAGCGCACAAGUUCAAAUCCAUGGAGGAGGCGCUGAAAGAUGGAGGAAAGCUCACUGCUCUGUCUGUCCUGUUGGAGGUCAGCCCGGAGGACAACGAAAACUACACACCGAUCAUCAACGGGGUCAUCUCUGUGAGUCGAUUCGGUAAAAGCCGCAACGUGGAACCAUUCUGCCUGCUGAGUCUCCUCCCGAACUCGACGGAGAAAUACUACACCUACAACGGCUCCCUGACCACGCCGCCCUGCUCGGAGACAGUGGAGUGGGUGGUGUUUAAGAACACUGUGUCCAUCUCCGAUAGCCAGCUGGAGGUGUUCUGUGAAGUAAUGACGAUGCAGCAGGCUGGGUAUGUGAUGCUGAUGGACUACCUGCAGAACAACUAUCGGGAGCAGCAGGAGCAGUUCAUGGGCCAGGUCUACUCCUCCUACACAGGGACAGAGGAAGUCCCCACACCCAUUUGCAGCUCUGAGCCGGAGAACGUGCAGGCGGAACCUCACAAUUAUACCAGCAUGCUGGUGACGUGGGAGCGGCCGCGGGCGGUAUAUGACGCCAGCAUUGAAAAGUACUCUGUCACAUACCAGCAUGUGGACAGAGAGGACCAGCCCAAGAUCGAAUAUCUAACGGACGGCGACCAGGAUGUGGGGGCAAUAAUCCAGGACCUGUCUGCCAACACCAGCUACCUGGUUCAGGUGGUCGCAGUCUGCACCAAUGGGCUGUAUGGCCGCGUGAGCAAUCAGCUGAUCGUGGACAUGCCCCUGGAUGACCCUGAAACAGACCCCGAUCCUUAUCUAUAUCCUGAUGAAAUGGAGGAUUCUAUGAAGGUGGAAAAUCAGGAACAGACAAAGAGCAGCCCGGGUCAGAAUCAGCAGACCACAUCGGACAGGAGCAUCACCAGCGACUCCCCCUCUAUUCGGGUUGCUACAGAAACGGAGGGACCGGGCAUCCUGUUCCCCGGCACCAGGACCACAAGUGCCCCAGUCCUGAGGAGGAUCACAGAGGAAGGCUCGCGGUCGUGGUACCCGGACCGCACCGAGCGACCCAGCACCAGGCGGGCCUCCCCCAUCAGCCCUGUGGUAUCCGUUGGCAACGGCAGCGUCAUCACUGACAUUUACUACGAAGACCUCCUGAACGGCACCGCCUACGAGUACACGACACCCACGACCAGGUCACCCCUCGAUGACGCAGCUCUCGGCAACGUCACCCCUCCCCCCGGCUAUUCCCAGCACCCCCCGGGGGACAGCGAGAUGGCUGCCCCUGCGACCGAGGCCGGGGGCUACGAGGUGACCGAGGCCACACCUCUCCCCGAAACCCCAGUCACAGCCACCCCCGCCCCCUCCCUCCUGGAGGUCCCACUGCGGCCCACGAGCCCCGGUGCCCAGCACCCCUCAAUCUCCACCUCCGCCUUCAAUGCCAUUCUCUCCCAGACCACCCAGCCGGUGUUCAACGGUGAGACCGCUCUCCCCACCCCCCAUGUGUGUGACUCUCUGCCCCCCCACUCCCACACUGACCCUGUCACCCGCCUGCAUGCAACUCCUGUGUCGCCCCCCUCCUCUAGCGAUCUGUUGUAUGAGACCUUCCCUUCUCUGCCCCCUCGUGGCCGGGACCUGUCAGAGACUUGGCCCGGGCUGGAUUGGGGUGUCCCGCAUGCUGCUACAGUGGUGUUGUCUGGUGCUGGUCCGUCCCUCGCCCCCUCCCCCACCCUGUCUCGCCCGCCCUCCGCCCAUACUGUGUCUGACUGGAAGAUGGACACUGUGUCUAGUGGCAAUGGUGAUGGUUAUGAUGAUAAUUAUGAUGAUGAUGAUGAUGUGUUGUCUGGUUCCGCGUCUGUGGCCAAGGGUGAUCCACUGCUAAUUUGUAGUGAUACUCUACCCCUUCAAACUUUACCUGAUUCAUCUGCCACUGAGCUGUCGUUUUCUGAUUCUGCUUGGGACGGGCUCCACCCUUCUAAACCUCUCAGCCCUGUCUCUCCACCAAAAACUUUCACUACUUCUGUUUUCCACGAACACCUUCAGCCUUCACUUCCUUUAUCCGGGGACCAUAGUCUGACGGCGACCACGGCUAGCCUUGAUGAUGGUGUGCAAAGCAGCGUUCAACCAGUAGAGGGUGCUAGCGAUGUGGUGGGGCAAGUGGAAUCGGUACUGACGCACAGCCGGGACGAUGGUUUCCUUCAGUUCUCCUCUGCCAUCCCUGACCUCGCUCCUGACUCCUGCUCCUGUGUUCUCACCGACCUGCCAUCUCUUGUCUUUAGUCGGGACUCUGUGCAUGCCUCACUCCAUCUCCUGCAGCCUUCCGCCAGCUCGGGUGCGCCCCCUGGUGGCGACGGUAUCUCUGGCUCAUUGAGUGACUUUGGUAGUGUGGUAGACCUCCAUCCAUCUCUGUCUCCCGGCGCUGGGGCUUUCCGCAGCGCCUCUGCCUCUCCCCCUGGCGGUGUAGACACGGACGCCAACACAGCCUUCCUUUCUGUAGACCAUUCCCUCCCCCUGGGCGUUCCCCUCCAUUCUCCUCUUGACCACCUGAGUGAUCUGUACGUUUCUGUUACAGCUACCACAGCCAGCACUCAGAGCCCUGUGCCCUUCUUCAGUUGGGCCACACCCCUCCAACCCCCCGCCCUGUCCCCCACUGCCUCUCCCGACGCCGGCUCCACGUCCCCGCUCUCUCAGGACGGCCAGGUAGACAGUAGCGCCUCGGGGUCCGCCCUGUACGUGGAGUCCCUGGACGAUUUAGAUCAGGAGUGGGACAGGGGGCAGACGGUGGCCCCGGAGGCGGGCUCUCUCUCGUACGCGCUCACCACCUCGCCGACGGCGCGGGCCCCGCCGGACAUAACGCCCAGCGACGUGGACGAGGACGGCGGCGAGCGUUCCUCCUCGUUCUACUUUGAGAACGAGAAGGGGACCGACAGCGCCGGCGCGGGGACGAGGAGCGUCGGGACGCUGGGCGGCGGGGAGGAGGAGAGCGGCUCCGGCAGUCUCUAUGACAACGAGACGUCCUCAGACUUCAGUAUCCCUGACUACGUGGACAGGGAGUCUGAGGAAGCGGCGGAAGCAGAGGCCAGCAACAGCAGCCACGAGUCUCGGGUGGGCCUGGUGGGGAGUGAGGAGAGGGAGAGGAAGGUGGUGCUACCGCUGGCUGUGGUCUCCACUCUCACCUUCCUCUGUCUGAUGGUGCUGGUGGGGAUCCUUGUCUACUGGAGGAAGUGCUUCCAGACGGCGCACUUCUACAUCGAAGACAACACCUCGCCCAGAGUAAUCUCCACCCCACCAACCCCCAUGCUCUUAGCCACAGAUGAUCACGAAGCUCUUCCCGUGAAGCAGUUUGUCAAACACGUGGCAGAGCUUCAUGACACCAACUCGUUCUCUCAGGAGUUUGAGAUAUUGAAAGAGUUUUAUGAGGAGGUCCAGGCGUGCACGGUGGAUCUGGGCGUGACGGCGGACAGCUCCAACCACCCAGACAACAAGAGCAAGAACAGAUAUAUCAACAUCCUGGCCUACGAUCAUAGUCGAGUCCGACUGUCUUGUGGUCCUGACAAAGACGUGAAGGGUGGAGACUACAUAAAUGCAAACUAUGUGGAUGGUUUCAACAGGCCCAGGGCCUACAUCGCAGCCCAGGGACCGCUAAAGUCCAGCAUGGAGGACUUCUGGAGGAUGAUCUGGGAGCAAAAUGUGGGCGUGAUUGUCAUGAUCACCAACUUGGUGGAGAAGGGGAGGAGGAAGUGUGACCAGUACUGGCCCCUGGAAACCCAGGAGGAGUAUGGCUGUUUCCUGGUGACACUGAAAAGCACCAAAGUUCUGGCCUACUAUACCCAGAGGACCUUUAUCUUGAGGAACACCCGGGUCAAGAAGGGAUCCCAGAAGGGGCGGAGCCACGAGCGGACCGUGCUGCAGUACCAUUACACCCAGUGGCCAGACAUGGGUGUCCCGGAGUAUGCCCUACCUGUGCUCACCUUUGUGCGGAAGUCCUCCCAGGCCAGGAUGGCCGACAUGGGACCCAUCGUCGUACACUGCAGUGCUGGAGUGGGUAGAACUGGUACUUACAUUGUUCUGGACAGCAUGUUACAGCAGAUCAAGGAGCAGGGAACAGUCAACAUCAUGGGCUUCCUUAAACACAUACGCACACAGAGGAACUACUUGGUUCAGACCGAGGAACAGUACAUAUUCAUCCAUGACGCCCUUGUGGAGGCCAUCCUGAGCAAGGAGACGGAGGUUCCGUCCAGCUGCAUCCAUGGCUACGUCAAUGACCUCUUGACCCCGGGACCCUCUGGCAGGACACGCCUGGAGAAGCAGUUCAAGUUAAUAACCCAGUCCAAUGCCAAGCAGUGUGACUACUCUGCGGCCCUGAAACAGAGCAACAGAGAAAAGAACCGCAGCUCCUCUCUCAUACCCGUGGAGAGGUCCAGGGUCUCUUUGUCUACUGUGGCAGGAGAGACUUCAGACUACAUCAAUGCUUCCUACAUAAUGGGGUAUCACCACAGCAGUGAGUUCAUCGUGACCCAAACCCCGAUGCUCAGCACCACCAAGGACUUCUGGAGGAUGAUCUGGGACCACAACACCCAGGUUAUCGUCACGCUGCCGGAUGCACAGAGUCAGUUGUCGGAGGAGGAGGAGGAGGAGUGUGUUUUCUGGCCCAGCAAAGAUGAGCCGAUCAGCUGCGAGACGUUCACGGUCACCUUCACGGGUGAGGACCACAUGUGCCUGUGCAACGAGGAGAAUCUGGUGGUGCAGGACUUCAUCCUGGAGGCUACGCAGGAUGACUAUGUUCUGGAGGUGCGGCAGUUCCAGGCCCCGCGAUGGCCCAACCCAGACAGCCCCAUCAGCAACACCUUCGAGCUGAUCAACAUCAUCAGAGAAGAGAGCGGCUCCCGGGACGGACCCAUAGUCGUGCAGGACAAACACGGUGGCGUUACCGCGGGCACAUUCUGCGCCCUGGCGACGCUGGCACGCCAGCUGGAGGCGGAGAGCUCCAUCGACGUGUAUCAGGUGGCCAAGAUGACCAACCUGAUGAGGCCAGGAGUCUUCACUGACACGGAGCAGUACCAGUUCCUUUACAAAGCAAUCCUGAGUCUGGUCAGCACCCAGGAGGACGAGAGAGCGCUUCAGUCCACAGACAACAACGGGACCAUCCUGGCCAGCUCCAGCAAUGCCGCCGAGAGCCUGGAGUCCCUGGUGUAACCACGGCAACAGCUGCUUAGACUGCCACGUCCCCAGAGCCAGUACUGUCUGUAUCGACUUUCGUUUCUAAACGAAAGAAUGCGCUUCGCCUCUUUCUGUGAAUCCCUCUAUCCUCCAUCUCAAAAUGACAUGACUCUACUGCUGGACAUGCUAUGGUCUUGUAAUGUGUGCCUUUACAUAAUUCACAUGGUACUUUUAACUGCUUUGAUACGAGUUUAAUGUAGACUAAUUCUAAAUAUUUUGUGUUUUUGUUUUUCUUAAAAAAAAUGUGACUUCAGUCUGGCCCAUUACUAGGGGCUCCUUUGUUUUAAUUUCCUAAUGGCUUCCUCUAAAAUUUCAUAUUUAUUGGCAGCCAGCUGCAGAAAAAGGGAUGAGAAAGAAUGAGGCCUGCUUUAUUAGUCUGUUUUUUGUAGAGGCCAUGAAUUUCAGCAAUGCUUUGCUUUCCAUACUGACACUGUAAAUACAGAACUGUUCUUAGUGAUGUGUGUGGGGUCAGAUUGCAAUAGGAACAUGGAUAAUAUUCUAAUAUGUAAAUAGUAUUAUAGUGACCAAGUCAACGGACCAAAAUUCUAUUUAUACUUCUAGAUUUUUAUAUUUUACUACAGAGUUGGUUUUCUAGUCCAUUUGGGAGGUACAACAGCAUUUUGUUCUAAUUUAGUGGAAAGAUUAAUGUUUUUAAUAUUUCUGAUAUUACAGUAUUUCUGUAUUUUGUAAUAUGACCUUAAUAUGAAGCAUGGGAUAUUGAUCAUUCUUUUAGAGCUGUUACUGCAUAUCUAGAGCUAGGAUUAAAGUACACAGAGAAGAACAAGAGGAAAGAGCAUGUGUGUUGGUUGGAAUGUCCCUUUAGUGACUUCUCCUUUGGUUGGCUCCAUUGAAACAAGGUGAACUUACAAUAAAGAGGAUGCC